GCGUUUCCGGAUAUUGACCGGAAGUACAUUUAUGCAGCAGAUUGUGAAGACGAAACUCGCUGAAAGAUGAAUACUCGUGGACUGCGCUCUCAGCUGAAGGACAGUGUUCCUGUGACAGGUCUCAGUAGUACUCAGGCUGGACCCUAUGGAGUACCAGACACACUACGUAGAGGGUUCUCAAGUGUAAAAAAUGAGCUGCUACCGAGUCAUCCAUUGGAGCUCUCUGAGAAAAAUUUUCAGCUUAACCAGGACAAGAUGAAUUUCAACACACUAAGGAACAUCCAGGGACUUCAUGCACCACUGAAAUUACAGAUGGAGUACAGAGCAGCUAAACAGAUUCAGCGUUUGCCCUUCCUGCCAAGCUCAAAUCUUGCCCUGGAUACUCUCAGAGGUAGUGAUGACACCAUUGGUUUUGAGGACAUCCUCAAUGAUCCUGCCCAGUGUGAGCUAAUGGGUGAGCCUCACAUCAUGACUGAAUACAGGCUUGGUCUCCUGUGAGGAUGGCUUUUCAGCACUAUUUUCCCCAUUGUCUGAUAGAUUGUGUUAAAUAAACUGUUUGACAACUGUUUCUAAUAAAAUGUAAAAUUUGAUAUGUUGAAA